AUGGCCUCCCUCAACUGGGUCAUGUUAUCCCCCAGCCGUUCUCCGAUUCCGCUCCCCUCCGAAAAGGUGCUGCACACGAUCGGCUCCGUCUCCAUCUCGCUCUUCCCCUGCGCCCCCGGCUCCGCACCGAAUGCGAAACCGACCCCAGCUUCAAGCGAAUCCAAAUCCGACAAAGGCACCUUGUACGCUACGAACAAGAGGGUCGUCUAUGUUUCGACUGUAGCGCGGGAGGGGAAGGGGACCACCGUCGAUUCGUUGUCGGUUCCUUGGCAGAGUUUUGUCGAUGGACGGUCAGUCCGCCGGAUGGGAAUCGGCCCCCACUCAUUUUUGACGUGAUGAAGUACAACUGACUCGUCAUCGAUCCCCCCCCCCCCCAUGUUUGUCUUCCGGAUGAAUCUAUAGGUUCGUGCAACCCUGGUUCGGAGCCAAUUACUACGAAGCACUAUGUCUACCCGACCCACGCUCCACAGACUCGGGCAUAUCCGUCCGUACCUUUCCCCCAGCCAUCUGAAUUUUCAACAUAACUCAUCUGAAAAUUUCCAAGCUAAUCACAGCCCUUCCUCUCUCUCUUUCGCAUAACAGACCCCGCACCUCUCUCGCUUCUACUUCAACGAAGCGGGGGGUUAUCAAUUCUACGAAAUUUGUGAAGAGAUGAAAGCACGUAUCGGCAAUUCGAGCGGGAGUGGUAGAGGCACACCCGUUGAGGCGCUGCGUGAGUGAUGCAUCAACACGUUAACGCUGAAGGUGUCCAAUCAGAAACGGAGGAUAUACUGACACGAAUCACAACAGCUCUCUACGAACCCCCCUCAACCACCACCACCGGACCCGGACCCGGACCUGGACCCUCACCCUUAUCCCAACUCCAAAUCGAUCCGACCACCACAUCCACACCUACACCCACCACGUCCCAAAUCGACCUAGCCUCUCCUCAAGAACCUUCCGCCACCGACCUGGCAGUAGCUCACGUCGCUCAACAAGCUCAAUUGGAUGAGGCGCAGCAGGCGGAGAGGGAUUUGGAUCGAGCGACCGCCGCGGGGGGGUCGAAUCUUUCGAGUGGGAUAGGCGCGGUAGGCGUCCCGCAACGGGAUGGUGGGGAGGACGAUGGUCCGCCGGGGUAUGAGGCUUGA